AUGGCUGAGAUAUCCUUCAAGAGCGAGAACUUUAUUGGCCCUCCAUGGUGCGCAAACAGCACCAAAGACGCUGAGGCCUCCGAACGGCAUACUGCCUUCCAGAUCAGCAUCUUCGCAGACCCUGUCUUCAUCACUGGCGACUGGCCAAAGACACUAAUGGACACAUUGUCACCUGAAUAUCUCCCUCAUCUUACAGAAGAAGAGAAGAAAGAUAUCCUCAGCUCUGCCGAUUUCUUCACCAUUGACGCCUACCACGUACAACCCGUACGUGCGCCACCUGACGGUCUUGCCGCCUGCGUCUCCAACUCAUCGCACCCCAACUGGCCAGUCUGUAACGUCGCGGUGCAGUUCAACUCCACGAUGGGCUGGAGCGUCAGCGCUGUGGCGGAUUGGCUCGUGAAUGGUGCCCUGGGGUCGAUCCAGUCGAUGCCAACGCUGAUGAGGCCAUUCUUCAGGGAGCAGAAGAGGUGGCCUACGAAUAAGAUGUAUAUUUCAGAGUUUGGGUUCAUAGAGCUGUUCGAGCAGCUGAGGACGGAGGUCUUCCAGAUCACAGAGAAUGUAACGCAAACUAAUUAUCACAUGACAUAUGUUGGAGAGGUCUUGAAAGCCAUUCAUGAAGACAAAUUGCUGAUAAAAGGUCUCAUUGCGUGGGCAAUGCUCAAUAACGCAGAAUGGAAUUUGGGACUCACUGCAAGGUUCGGUAUCCAGCACGUUAACUACACGAUGCUCGAAAGGACGUUCAAACGAUCCACGCUGUCGCUAUCUUGUGACUCUGGAGCUGAUGGGAUGUUUGUCAGCGGAAUUCUUCAAGAAACAGGGGACCAUGCUGUUGUCACAAAUGAACUUGUUGAGGAUGCAGAGGCAAGAGUGAACAUUAUUGAAUCCAUGCAUGCUCAUGCACACUUUGUUCCUCAGGAUAUGCAGGCUACACUGAAUGCUCUCAAUGCCUCCAUGAUUGCUCUCACUCAAGAGGUUCGCCUAGUGCGUGCAGAGUCAGCAAACAGCUGGAUUAUUAUCAAGAAUAGUCGUAUCUUGGGGCCAGAGGAUCUGCGCCCUCUGCAGAAGAUUGUUCCAGGCACUGGUUUCCAACUUGCCACUGCUGCUGCUGAAGGGAUGGGCCUGGUUGUUGAAGCCUACGUCAAUGCAAUGGCAAAUAAUCCUGAAGCUGCUAUUGGCACUACUCCUCUCCCCUUUUCUGGCCUUAUUGAAGGCUACAGCCAUAGGAAGGCACAACUACACCCAAACACAAUCAAGCAGCCCAACAACCUCGUCUGCUUCAUAUGUCUCCUGGUCGAGCUGCAAUGGCUGUUGGACUUCCUGCAGGGUGUGCUGAGUGCCUGCCUCAGCCUGUGGCAUGCUGAGCUAACCUCACAGAGGGGCACUAGACUGUCUAUGGUCUGGUCCAUGGCCCUCCAGCACCAGGUCAGCCCUGGCCCAGACCCGAGGGCCAGGGCCAAGGGCCAGCAGCCUGGCAGACCCAGCCCUUUAGGGAGGGCCAGGGCCAAUGGUUGGUUGGCCCUCAGACCUCAGGUCGAACCAGGGCCAACCCAGUUCAGCCCCAUUGCGGAAGGCCGUGUCAUCACUCCAACUCCCACCUCCGUCAUCUCCCUCCCACCUCCAAUCUUCCGUCUCCUACAUCGUCGACCCGCCGUCAUCUCACACCUUUCACCUUUGCCUCUCUGCUCGCACCAUUGCCGUUGCCGUUGCCCCCGCCCUCCCUCGCCCUUCAUCUCGCACCAUCGCCAUCACCUUGCACUGUUGCCAUCACUCACCAUUGUCUUGCCCUGGCCAUCGCCUUGCCCUUGCCCUCACUCACACUGUCGCCAUCACCUCGCUGCUUGCCACCCUCACUCACCCUCACUUGCCCUCGUCUUGCCUCCACCAUCGCCUCCCCCUCGCCUUGCUGGCAUUGCCAUCCCCUCGCCUUUGCCUCGCUGCUCGCACCGUCGCCAUCACCUGUUACCGUCGCCCCUGCCCUCACCCUCACUCGCUGUCACUCACCCUCGCCCCCACCCUCACUCGCCCUCGUUUUGCCCUCGCACUGUUGCCCUCGUUUCGCACUCACCCUCGUUUCGCACUCGCCCUCGUUUCAUACCAUUGCCAGCCUCACUCGCCGUUGCCCUCGUUUCGCACCCACCCUCACCUCAGAAUGUCGCCCUUGUCUCGCACCAUCGCCAGCCUCACUCGCCAUCGCUCGCCCUCGUGUCACCGUCACCUUGCUGCUAG